ACCGACAAAUCUAUUAGACAAUAUUUUUUUACUGGAUUAAAUUUUUCUUCAAUGGCUUAUUCGACAGACAGGUGUUAGUUGAGUAAAUAAAAGAAAGAAUUUGAAAAGAAAGAUAAUCUCAAGGUAAAAUAACAUUAUCUCAAAAGAUAAGACACGCCUAGAUUCGGUAUAAAACUGUGAAGGAAAAUACACAUUUGUGGUUAAACUAAUUAUUUGUGUGCAAUGUGAAAUAUAUUAAUCUCUUGAAAUAGAAUGUAAAACAGUGAGUCUUUAUAAUUUAAAUGAAGUAUCUGAGUAUUUGGAAUAGGCUUUCCGACAUUAUAAUAGUUUGAUUCAAAACAGUAGGUAAUGAAAAUAUACAUUUACGUGUUCAGUUUUUAAUGUGAUAACAGUUCUCGUGAAGAAUGAUACCAGCAGAAGGAAUGGAAAUGGGGUCGGUGAAUUCCCUACAGGACCAGCACGAUAUCUACAAUCCGUUACCGAUGCCUCCUUACGAGAAGAAAGCAACGACUAUGAAACGUUUGUCAUACGUUCUUGGAUUUCUUUACUCAUCCUUUUUGAUAAUAUUAGCAGUAAUAGUACUUGUGACGACAGCGCUCAUCAACGAUAAAUGGUCUCCUAUAAUAACCAUCUACGUAACGGUAACCGGUAUGAUAAUAUUGUCUAUAUUGAUCGUGGACGUCAAACUGUUUACCAGGAGUAUACGAAAGCAGGUAGAAGCUUUACGAAUUAAGGAACAGAAACGAGAAUUAGAUUAUCUGAGAGAGGUAAAAACACAUAUUUUUUAAGUAAUAAAGAUUUAAGUUUAUUU